CAAAAUUUGGAACAAUUCUCGGAAACAACCUUGCUAUUUACCAAGUUUUGAGCAUGCGUGUGUUGUGCUUCACGACUCAUGUUUGACAAAAUGUCAGACAGAAAAAUAGUAUUUGUAUCCUUUCUUUGCAACGAAACAUAGACAGUGUUUUUGUAAUGCAGACAGAAGGGAAGAGAGUUAUAAGAAAAAGGAUGAAGACAUGCUCUAUGGAUUUUCACAACAAAGAUUUGGACAUAAGUUUCUAUGUUUUCAAGCCAACUGUGGUAAUUGUUGACCAUCUUGUUCACGGACUCCAACAGUUUUCCUUACUCACUCAGAAUCUUGGUUGUGUACAAAGCUCCAUAUUUAGGAGCAUACAUGGAAAUAUGAUCAUAUGGUAUGGAGCAUGGAAGAAAGGGUCAAGUGAUGAAAAGGACAAGCUAACAGAAAAUCUUCAAUCAAUGCUAGCCAAUACUGUAACAAGAAUGGCAGUGUUAGUUGAACAUAAUUUCCUUGAUGCAUAUGCUGGAGAAUCAAGAGAUGGUUCUUUAACUGUAAAGUUCAGCACUGGUGACAUAAUCUCCAUGGACUCAGUAGUGACAACUACUAGGGACCUUAAUGACCUUUCCUAUGCAGCACUAGCAAUUUUUAGGUCCCGUUUUCCCAAAAUAGAUGGCAUAAUUUCUGGCCUUUGCAUGAAAGGCCAAUGCUUACCAUGUGUGGUAUGCAUUCAUGUGUGGCAGUCCCUACAAUUUUGUUACUCAUGGAUUCUCCACCCAGACCAUAGAAAGUGGAUGAUGCCAUAUCUUGAACGAUUCUCUACUGAAAUGAAGUAUGAUAUUUUUCGAGUAGUUUAUGUUAGUGGUGACAAUGUAAUGAAUCUUCCCUCUGAUUUUCCUCAUAGGAUGUUAGAAGAUGAAGAAGAGAACACACGACACCUGAUGCAACAAUGAGAACACAACAUAUGUUGCAAGGAUUUGUAUAUUGUUGUAUCCUUUUAGGUAAAAUGAGUUCAAUGAUAAAACUUGACUAAACAUAACUGUCGAGCUCAUUUAAAGCUAA